GUGAUAGUGGAAAUUCUGUUCCUGGUUUUUUUUGGCCCGUUCUUUUUUUUUCAGUAUUUGCAAUAUUUGUAUUUGUAGCAUUUGCAUUCGCUUUAUGUAGUAACCGAGGAUGUAUUAUAAGAAAAUGUCGCAAAAAAAAUAAUGGGAAAUUACGCAAGCCCAUUGAUCUUGAAAGUACCAUGCCCGCAAGUCAUAAUAUUCGACCUCAAACCGAAAUACAAAAUCCUCCACCAGAUUAUGCAAGCGUAACGCCGGAAAUACCCUAUUUCCAUGGAUUGAUGCAUGAAGCCUCAUACAAAGCAUACAAAGCUGCAAUACAAUUUACGCAUAAAAAUCCACCUCAAGAGGUAUUACCAUCACAAGAUGACACUGAACACAUUUUGUUAUCUGGCCCAAAGGGUUGGGAAAUGAUAAUUCCUGAGGAACGUGCCGCAUCUAAUAAUGUAAUCGUGUCAAAUAAAGGGCGCAUUAUAUCUUUCCAUGGAAAAGAUGAUGUUAUGGUACAAGCAAAUUAUCCCCAUUUCCGUCCACAGCGUGAUGAAACUUCUGAGACUAAAUUAAUGCAUAGUGAUAAUCAAUCAGAGCAAAAUUAUCAUAAAAGUUCUUCGUUAAAUAAUAAAACUACAGAUACUUGGUUCUAUUACUUUGAAGUGACUAUACUAUCAAAUCCUAACUUAAAGGAUACUACAAUUGCUGUUGGACUAGCAACAAAACCAUAUCCAAAUUUCAGAUUGCCUGGUUGGAAUGAUCAUUCG